AUGAGCGCGCGCGAGGCGCUGGACGGCAGCCAGGCGCUGACCGACAGCGCGUCGGCCCGGGCCGCCUCGGGGGGCAGGAGCACCUCGCCGUGCUCCGAGAGGAGCGGCGGCCGCGAGCGCCAGAGGCGGGGCACCGGCACCUCCAGCUGCAGGCUCGCGCGGGAGCUGGAGGGGCUCAGCCUCGCGGAGCUCCGGGCCAAGGCGACGCAGUCGGACAAGGACAUCAAGGACUACGCCAGGAGCCUGUGCAAAAAGAAGUGGACGGAGGAGGUGAAGAGGAAGCAGCGGAUCGAGGAGGCAAUCAGCGAGCUCGAGAGUGCCGGGCCGGAUGGGUCAUGGAUCUCGGCGUCGUCGGACCCGGAGUACGCCACGGCGAUGCGCCUGAAGGCGGGCAGCAUCGUAGAGGUCCGGUGCUACGACGACGACGGAGGCGACCAGGGCACGGUCAUGCUGCGCCUGGAGGGCGAUGAGAAGGUCGGCGACACGAUACAGGCGCGGCACAUGGCCGCGAGCGACGACUAUUACGCCCAUUGGGCGGCUGGGCAGGAGACGGUGGGCCAGUACCACUUCUGCUGCGGUCGCCAGGCGCGACGCCGGGUGACCGACGUCACCGCCCACAUCGAGACGUUCAGGGAGCCCUCGAGCGCGGACUUGGGGAAAUGCGGCCUCAAGUGGAUCAAGGGGCCCGCCGCGAAGGCCGUCGAGAAGAUCCUCAAGGAAGAGGAGGUCCAGACCGAGGUCGUGCAGGAGCUCAUGCGUUGGGUCAGCGGCAUGCUUCCCGGGCGCGAAGCGGAGCACUUGCGCAAUUUCAUACGGUACGUCGAUCACCGGGGCUCCGACGUGCAGCUUUGGGCCGGGCACGCGGUUCCGCGCAACCUCGAGGAGCUGGACAUAAGGGCCAGCGAGUUCAUCGACCGCCUGUGGGCCGAAGGGGAGCCAGAGGGCUGGGCCAUUGAUUUCGCCUCGGGCUUGAAACGCUUGGUCCCCAGAGCCCGGAAAGCGCUCGUCGUGACAGGCUUCUUCCUCAACAGCUGGCGCUGGACAGUCAGCCGGAGCAGAGCUUCACCAUUCACGCCGCUCAUCGUCAAGGGCCUCGCGGGGAUGAUCCCGGGACUAGAGCAAAGCAACGCGGACAUGUUCGAGUUCGACUGCUAUGUGGGCCCUUCAUACCAGCACAACCAGUCUGCGACGACGAUCAACGCGCACCACGUCCACCACGCGGAGGCCGGCGCCCUGGACCUACGCGGCCAGAAGGCCAGGGCGCGCGCGGGGCGCAUGAGUCGGCCCGCCGUCCAGACUUGUCCCACUGACGCGCUGGGCGCCGUCUUUUUGUUCAAGAGCGCACUUCCAGGAGAACAGGCAGCGGCAGACGGCCCCGACAAUGACAGCGCCCGCGCGCCAUGCGAGGCCCAAGCCGAAGCGGGCAACAAGGCAGCGUUUGCCUUGACGCCACGAAGACAAGCCUUGGACAUCGCGACGCAGGAAGGCAGGAAGCGACUGCAGCCAAAGCCCAAGAAGGUCCCCGAUGCGAGGCUUCCCAUUUGCAUUGAGGCAUUCAUGGUGCGGGAGUUCGGCAUGGACAACAUGUACAUGAGCACCGUCAAGUAUUACAUGGCCGCGCCUCCCACUGAUAAACGGCACUGCGUUCGGCUACGCAUGUCUUGGAACAUGGGUGUCAAACUAUGCAGUUCUAUGCUUGAGAACAGUGAGGUGGCCGAGGUGCUGCCCAGGUGGAGCGAGCUGCUGCAGACCACGACCAUGGCCCCCGUGACCGCCACCAACACGUCGAGCACGGCAUUGGACGCGGCAAAGUUCACCGCGGACCAGAGGACCUGCCACGACACCUCGGGCUGGACGGACGGGAACUCCAACUGCGCCGGGCCCGGCUGCACCCCCACGGGGUACACCUGCGGCGCGUACGCGGCCCAGAAGUGGUGCUACCAGGGCCACGAAGUGCAGAUCCCCUCCGUGGCGGGCUCGGACCUGAACCAGCCGACCAGGAACUGCUGCGCCUGCGGCGGUGGCUCCUUCGCCACCGAGAGGUUCCAGGCCGCUGGCAUGGACAGCACCCUGUGCUCGAUGCACACCGGCUGCGUCGGCCAGGAGGGCAGCUGCUGCCCCGGGCCCAACGGCACGCACCAGGAGUGCUGCCUGUCAGAGCCGGUGUGCGAGGACACGCCCGGCUGGGCCAACGG